AUGUGUUAUGUUAGCUUAUCGGCGAUUCUGAUCUCAAAUGAGAAACGCCCCCCUGUAAUCCUUGGAGAUCCGGAGUGUGGAGAUGUCCCCCUGCUCACGCCAGGAAGCAAAGAGAUGAUGUCCCAGGCUCUGAAGGCCACCUUCAGCGGCUUCACAAAGGAACAGCAGAGGCUGGGCAUUCCCAAAGAUCCCCGGCAGUGGACAGAGAACCACGUGGCCGAGUGGCUAACAUGGACGGUGAACGAGUUCAGCCUGAAGAACGUUGACUUUGACAAAUUCGGCAUUAACGGAGCGAGCCUGUGCGCGAUGGGGAAGGAGCGCUUUUUAGACCUAGCCCCUGACUUUGUGGGGGACAUCCUUUGGGAGCACCUAGAAAUGCUUCAGAAAGGCUAUGGUGUUGAACAUGCUCAGUGUGUCCCUCCUUCUGAAUACUCAGAGCCCGGCUUCAUCACAGAGUCCUACCAGACGCUGCACCCCAUCAGCUCAGAGGAACUGCUCACGCUCAAGUAUGAGAGCGAGUACCCCGCCGUCAUCCUUAGAGACACAACCCUCAACUCCAUGCAGGGCGACUACUUUUCUGUCAAGCAGGAGGUGGUGUCCCCUGACAACAUGUGUGUGGGGCGCCUAGGCAGAGGAAAGCUCGGUGGUCAGGACUCCUUCGAGAGCAUCGACAGCUUCGAGAGCUGCGACCGGCUGACCCAUUCGUGGAGCAGUCAGUCCUCGUUCAGCAGCCUACAGCGGGUACCCUCGUAUGACAGCUUUGACUCAGAAGACUACCCCACUGCCUUGCAUGGCCACAAACCUAAAGGCACCUUCAAAGACUACGUGAGGGAGCGCUCAGACCUCAGCAAAGAUAAACCCGUCAUCCCAGCAGCGGCCCUGGCAGGAUACACGGAGGUUCGCCUGCAUUCUGGCAUGGAGGCACAGGAGGCUGGCAGUGGCCCCAUCCAGCUGUGGCAGUUCCUUCUGGAGCUGCUGACCGACAAGUCUUGCCAGUCCUUCAUCAGCUGGACAGGCGACGGCUGGGAGUUCAAGCUCUCCGACCCAGAUGAGGUUGCUCGGAGAUGGGGCAAAAGAAAAAACAAGCCCAAGAUGAAUUAUGAGAAACUGAGCCGUGGCCUUCGUUACUACUAUGACAAGAACAUCAUCCACAAGACAUCUGGGAAACGCUACGUGUACCGCUUUGUCUGUGACUUAAAAAGCCUGCUGGGCUACACGCCCGAAGAGCUGCACGCAAUGUUGGACGUAAAGCCCGACACGGAUGAGUGAAGUCGCACGGGAAGGAGAAGUGAGGAGAAAAGUUAAAGAGCCACAGGGACUGAGGCUCAUAAAGUGGUCUUAACUGUUCAAUAGAGUUGGUAAACCAUAUUUUUUUAUUUUAUUUUAAUUUUUUGGACGGACCAAAUGUUUCUGAUGACUAACUGUGGUCUUUGUCAACUUUGAGCUCCUGUCUCUCAGGCCAUGUUUUAAAAGGAAGGCAGAAGCCAAAAAGCUGUUGUGAAACCCCAUUGCAUUUGAGAAAAUGCGUGCGAGUGAGUGUGUGCUUUGAUGUGUACCGGCGUUAUUUAGCAGCUCAAGGCAGGUGAAGCACUAUUGGGUCGAGUUCGGGUUCUGUUCUGUUUCUUAGCAGUAAAGUGGGAUGGGUGAGAGCACGGAUAGACAAAUUUAGGGAGACCCAAGAGAGUGCGAAACAAAAACGGGCUGACUCGAGAGCAGGCAAAAGCUUCCUGCUGAAACAGCGGUUGCCAAAAUGUAUAAAACGAACCAACAAAGGUAGUGUAUCACAUUAACAAACACAUGCUAAUGGUUUCUCUCAGACUAGGAGAGUUCUCAGCUAGGACCAAAAAAACAAAAAAAGUGUCAUUUAGAGUUUAUGUUUAAGGACCAGAUGCUUGUGCCAGUAUUAUAUUAUUAUUAUUAUAUAUCAUUAUGUAAUAAUAUAAUUUCCCUUUGGUAUGAAUUAAUUUUUUUUGCUCUUAAUUUCAAGCAUUUCACAUCACUGAUUGUAAAAAACACCCAGUGCGAGCCUAACAGAGAGCGUGUUUUUUUUUGUAUCCAAGGGGUUUUAAUGUAGAAUCAAACAUUAGAAACCAGGUUUAGACUGUUCUGAUCACAAGUCUUUAGCUGAAAUGUGCUGAUUUGUAAUCAGACAACACUAUGACCACGGGCCCUGUGCUUUGUGGAGUACGAGGAGCUGUUGGAAAUUACUCAUACCCAGACUGUCUGUAAGACAACUGAAAGUAGCCGUUGCUUUAGAAACUGACGCUUUCAGCUUUAUGUUCAUGUUUGCCACCUUGUCAGGGACACGUAUUAUGACUGAAACGUAUGCAUUUUUGCAUAUACCACCAGUAUUACCAAACUGUAGACAAUCUAUAUGGGGAAAUUCAGGAGUCUUUGGUUAAAAAAAAAAAAGAAAAAGAAAAGAAAAGAAAAAAAGAGUGGUUAAUGUGCAGAUCAGAUGAAGAAUUUGUCAGGUCGCCGUCCAUGUUAGCGGCGUGUUAGAUGUUUGUUUUCAUAGUCAUGUCUGUCUCAUCCUGAAUAAAUCAUGUGUUUCUUAGCCGAUGGAGUGAUCUCAUAAAAUCUGCAGAAUGUCAAAUGCCAGUUUAUUUUUUUGUCUUUUACGCAGUGCACGCGUUCCAUCACGAGGCAGCUGCAGUUGGUGUGAUAGUACAGUGUAGGAAAAAGGGACAGGCGAUGGAAAAUGUUGAAGGAUGGGAGGCCGUUUGGUUUGGAUGAAGGUGACGGAAAGGAGUCUUUGAUAUCGUAGGUGAAGAUCACUUGCAUAAUGGAGAGCUGUAGACAGGGAGUGUGCAGGUUGGCUUGCUGGAGAUGUAGCGGACGGAUGGCGGACAGUUUAGUUUAGAGGUCUGUGUCCUACUAUGAGCACAGUGAUGCGCGGAGAGGAUGAGUAACUCCUGUAUGAGUUCAUCAUCUACUAGGAGCACAUAGAAAAGAAUUCACUGGUUACAUUGAAGCAAAUUGGCAGCGGUUUUCUCCCAACAGUGGGAACAGUGGCUGUACACUGGGAAAUGCCAAAGUUGAAUAUUAUCUUAGAAUAAAAUGUUAUUGUUUACAGUGGCUGAAUGUUACCCAUACAGAUGAAAAUAGCUUUUGAGAUGUGUAUUUGUACAGAUUGCAUUUCAUAAUGCUUUAUUGAGACCCAGAUUACACAAAUAAGCAGGAGACAAAGCAGGAAUAAUAACCAAAACUCAUGUGAGGUCUUUGGCCGCAGCGCUUCGGGUAGAAGACAGGGACCAGAAAUCUCUCAUGUUUUUGGAAAAGUGUUGUCUUUUUAUGUUUUUUUUUUUUUUAUUUCUCCUUUUUUGUUUGAUAUUUGGGAAUGCACACGGUUUCAGGACAGACUCUUUUUCUGAUUUUGGGUUUCCCACUGAAUGCAGAAAACGGAUGCUGUAUAUGUUCAUAAAGUCUUAACUGGCAAACAAGCUUGUCCUUCAUUAGUGAGCUUUGACUCUCAAACUCGUGAUGCUUGUCCAUUACAUAGAAUUGGACCUCAAACAAAUGAAUUGGUAAGAAGCUGCACUGUUUGCUCAUUCCUUUUUGACAUGUUGUACAACAAAGCUCCUACAUUUUUAGUUUUGUUCAGGUUUUUUUAAAUGUCAGUUUUGUUUAUUUUUUCCCUUACAUUUGUUUUAAUAAACUCCUUCGUAAUGUUAAAUGUUUUAUUCCAAAUGUAAAGUCUUAAUGCUCAUAUGGCUUCACAAGAAAAGAAAUCUUUCUAUUCCUUAAAAUGUUAAUAUUCUGAAAAGUUGUUUUCGUCAGGAAAAUGUAACAUUGUAAAUGGUGGGAGACCACAAUCUACUGCAGGACUUAUGUAUAAGAGACUCUUAGUCAGGCGAGUGCAUACAUAACAAUAUUUUGUGGCAUACGUGUAUCUCACAAUUGUUUCAGAAGGAAAGCCUUAUUGUUUCUGGAUGUUGUUCUUUCGUGUAUGUUUAAUAGUGUUUCUGUAUUUUGUUAUGAGAUUCAUUUUUAUUGUAUUUAGUUCACAAACAUUUGAAUAUUUUUCAAUAAUUUAUAUUUUAUAAAAGACAAGAGACGCAGACAGCUGGUGCUUUCAUGGGAAUUUAAAGGUAGCGCAGGACAAAAUAAUGUAGCGUUUUAUUUUUAAGUUUUAAUAUGUUUUUUUUUUUCAUUUUCAUAUUAAAAAGAAUAGACCUGUCUGCGAGAGUAAAACAAAAAAAAGAAGAGAAAAACAAGGCUGAUGCUGGCCCAUCAAUGACUUCUGCUGGAAAGGUUUUAUAAACUGUAGCCUCUAUUUCUAAAAUGUACUUAAUGUACUUCAAAAUGUUAUAAAAUAUAUGUGAAGAAAGA